UCAACAUUCCAAAAUUAUAGCAAAAAAUUUAGAAUUAGUCGAACCAAAUAUUCUCUUAUACUUUAUGCUGGUUUCAUUGAAAAUGGUGCAAAAGCAAAAACAUUUAAAUAUGGUGAAAUGACAUUUACAAGUGAAAAUGGAGAAUUGUAUGUUGGAAAUGCAAAUGGCAAAGCUAGAAUUACGCAACCAGACGUAAUGGCUUAUUGA